GCAACAAUGGAAGUAUCGCAUUUGACUACUUUCGAGUUACUCCUUCUUACUUUAAUCUUCAUCAUCUUGGCCAAGCUUGUUUCAAUACUUUACACGCAGUUCACUUAUUGGAAGAGGAACAAAGUUCCUUACAUACGGUCAACUCCUUUAUUUGGAACCGCUUGGAGAGUGUUCUUUCGUCUCGUUAGUUUCCCCAAUUACUGCAAAUAUAUUUACAAUUAUUAUCCGGAUGCGAGAUACGUCGGGGUGAUGGAUUUCGCAACGCCGACCGUGAUCGUGCGUGAUCCAAAACUGAUCAAAGAGAUAGCCGUGAAGAAUUUCGACAAUUUCCCGGAUCAUCGAAGCUUCGUCACCGAGGAGAUGGAUCCCGUGUUCGGGAAGAACGUGUUCUCCUUGAAAGGGGACAGAUGGAGGGAGAUGAGGAACACGCUGAGCCCCUCGUUCACUGCCAACAAGAUGAGAUUCAUGUUCGAUCUUGUGUCCAAGUGUUCCCACGAUUUUGUCUCCUGUUUGCACGAUCGUUUGGAAUCUUCCUCCUCCGAGAUCGAGGGGAAGAACUUGUUCACCAGAUACUCGAACGACGUGAUCGCCACGGUUGCCUUCGGCAUAUCCGUCAACUCGAUCGAACAUCCGGACAACGAGUUUUACAGGAGAGGUAUCGAUGUAUCCACGUUCUCGGGCACGUUUCGUUUCAUAAAGUUCAUGCUGUUCCGUUUGAACCCCCGUCUGACGAGGAUGGCAGGUUUCACGUUCCUGUCCCGCGCCACGUCCAAGUUCUUCUGGAGAGUGAUCUCCGAGACGGUGACCGCGAGGAAGAGACGCGGCAUCGUUAGACCUGACAUGAUACACCUCCUGAUGCAGGCGACCGAUUCCAAGAAGAAAUCCAUCCAUCAGACGAUGACCAUCGAUGACAUCGUGGCGCAGGCGUUCAUCUUCUUCCUGGCCGGCUUCGACACCACUUCCACCCUGAUGUGUUACGUGGUCCACGAGCUGGCCCUGCACCAGGACGUUCAACGGAGGCUGCGCGAGGAAGUGGACCGCGUGUUGGACGACGGGACGGAAAUCUCUUACGAGGACACGUUGGGGAUGGAAUACUUGGAGAUGGUGAUAUCCGAGACUCUUAGGAUGCAUCCACCGACGCUGUUGAUCGACAGACAGUGCGCCAAGGAGUUCCAUUUGCCUCCAGCGGGCCCUGGUUACGAGAGUGUUACGAUACAUCCCGGCGAAAAUAUUUGGUUCCCCGUUCUCGCGAUUCAUCGCGAUCCCGCUCAUUUCCCCGACCCGGAUAAAUUCGAUCCUGAACGAUUCAAUCGUGAGAACAGGAAUGGCAUAGAUCCUUACACGUACAUACCUUUCGGGGUUGGACCCAGAAAGUGCAUUGGCAAUCGUUUCGCGUUGAUGGAAACCAAACUUUUGAUCAUUCGUCUAUUGCGAAAAUUCGUUAUAAAGCCUUGCGAGAGAACGAUGGAUCCUAUUGUGUAUAAGAAGGGUAACUUCACAUUGAUGCCUAAAGACGGGUUUUGGGUCACUUUUGAAAAGAGAAACGAUCAUUAAACUUAUUUUCUUUUACAUUAUUUAUAACGUAUCGAGCCACGCUUGUUGGAAUAGAAGGAUAAUUCGAUAGAUUGGUUGUAAAUUUUUGGUAAAGUUUAAUUUGAAUUCUAAGUUUCAAUUUUUUGAAAUUAAAAAUCGGGGGAAGAGGGGGAAGGAUUGUAUAUAAAUUAUAAUAUGUUGAUG